AUGAACGAAUAUAGAUGUCCUAGCAGAGAAGACUGGGUUAAACUUGCAAAUAUAUUUAGUUUAGAGUAUGAGAGUUGUAAUGCCUCAUUUAUGGAGUUGUACAAGAAAUCGUUAAAUGCAGAUUGUUUCUAUCGUUACCCAAAGGAACAAAAAGAAACUACUUGCUUUGGAGAUUGUAAUGUUCAAGCUACACCAGAGAAAAUCUACUCAGACUCACAACAAGCAAUUGAAUCGUUGGAUAUCGUUGAUGCAUCAGUUGAUGAGGAUGAUGGCGAUGAUGACGAGCUGGACGCCGACGACCUUUUAGUGGAUCUAGACACUGGAGAUCUCGUCGGCACUGCCAUACAGCAGUCAGACAAGCCAUCGAUUCACAGCCAAAGUUUUGGUUUCACUUCCGAAAUGUCUCUUGAUGAAAAGUACAAAACUAUCACUCGUAUAUUCUACCUGCGAAGAGUACUCUGUAUCCGCCAAUUGUCAUGCUACAAAGACUCCAUUAGAGCCAAGAAGGAUAUAUUCUUUAAUAUAUGUCCAAAUGAUGGAUGCCAACAAGUUUUUGCGCAGGCUGCCGCUUACAAUGCUCACAAAAACACCGCUCACGCUAUCCACUCAGAAGUAGAUCCUUCAAAAUUUGAAUGGGUUAUCAAACAGAAGAAUGGAAUCAAUCCUACCAUAGUUAUAGACAAAGAAGCAUCAAACGUACAUAGUAUGACGAAUCAAUCUUUAGCUGGACAUCAAUAUUGGAACGCAAUAGAGCCUUCCCUAGUCAGUUUCUUUCAACAGUAUGGUCAGAGACCUAUCUAUAUCACUGUGAAAAGUGAGGCUGCAGCCGAAUCUUUUUCAAAUAUAUAUUUUGUUGACUCAAUAGCCAUUAUCAAACGAUUUUUCCCAACGAUAGAAAGAGGUUAUUCCAUCGACAAUCUAUUGAAGGAUUUUGCUAUUCCAAUGGAUAAUCCAGCCAUGAGACAUACUAGUUGCAAAGACAUAUUAUCCCUUACUAAGAUUCUAUCACAUGUAUAUGAUAAUCAAUCUCUUUAUUAUUGUUAA